AGUGUCUAUGGAGCUGCCCGAACGCUUCCGUUUCGACGACGAUGUAGACCAAGACCAAGAGUUAGAACAAGAGGUGGAUAGAGCACAAAUCAUAGACAUGGCCUUGAUGCAUCAAAGCGUCUUUGGCAUCAUCGCCGCAACUCAGUCCAAGGCCAACACGAUGCGGUCCAUGCUCCAAGAGGCCGACAGCGAUAGCGAUGAUGCCAAUCCAACACCGCCCACAAGAUUCAACAAGUCCACCAUACCUUCGACACUCCCACUACGCCGCAGCCCGCUGUCCCGCAACAACCACCUCAAACGAGUGUCUGACAACAACCUGGUACAGUCAUUACCCGGCUUGCGGCCCGCCUCCACGAGUUCCUUCUCCACCACAACUCCCACUCGCUUCUCCAAGCCUAUCGAUGCGCCCGAACCUACUUCCCAUACCAGGACAGACCUAGAGUCUUCACAGUCCACCAUCAGGAAGCCUGCCAGCAGGAAGCCGAGCCCUGUCCCAGAUAUGUCAUCGAGUGGGACACAAGUAGCCUUGCCGGACGCUCUGAAAGAUAUAUUCAACUUCGAUGAAGCCGAAAAGGUUGUCGCAAAGUAUCCCUGCUGGUAUCUUCAGAGCGUCCUCUUGCAAGGCUUCAUCUACAUCACACAACGUCAUAUCUGCUUCUACGCCUAUCUACAGAAGAAGACUGGCGUCACAGUGAAGUCUGGCUACCUUACAAAGCGUGGUCAACGCAACCCUCGAUAUAAGAAAUAUUGGUUCGUACUCAAAGGCGAUGUCUUGUCAUACUACAAGGAUCCUUCGACUCCAUUUUCUCCACGAGAUGUUAUAGAUUUGCGCUACGGUGUCUCAGCAGACAUAACGGCAACACAAGGACAGGAUAAGGAAAGCACGUCUUUCUCUGUCGUUACAGAUGCAAAAACAUACCACUUCAAGGCAGAGACUGCCUCAAGCGCAACAGAGUGGGUCAAGCAGAUACAGAAGGUCAUCUUCCGAUCGCGCAACAACAGUGACAGUGUCAAGAUUUGCCUGCCAGUCGACAAUGUUGUUGAUAUCGAGGAAAGCAACUAUCCAGAUUUCGCCGACACCAUCAAGAUUCGAGUCAUCGAUAACGAUGAGACGUUUGCUGUUGACGAGAUUCUUGCUAAACUUCAUCUAGNNUACUUCUUUUCUUUCUUCGGCUUUGGUGAAGAGGCACUUGGUGUGCUGCGAAGCUUAACGCAAGAGACAAGCGCUCAGCGUGUACUCGCAAGUCGUCCUGCUUCACCAGUCCUCACCAAAGCGGAUCGUCGACCAUCAUCAGUACACGGAAGAAGGUCUCGCGUGCCAUCUAUGAGCCCUGCUCCUGGAAGUCUUCAUGAGAAUGUCACGGCAACACUAUCUCCAGCCUCUGGUCUCACGUCCAGAAGUGCUCGAUCAAGUAGCGAGUUGGAACGUUCUACUCUUGAUCUCUCCCAAGGCAAAGAGGACAACAUUGCGGACCGCGCUACAAGACAGCGUAGCGGUCAGAAGCAGAAGCAGUGGGGCCAAUAUCCACAUGAUACUUCAGAGUCGUAUGUGUCAUCCUCUGACCAAGGCAACGAUAGCGAAAUGUCAGAAUCUGCAGCUGGCACGGAUGCUUCGGGUAGCCACAUACUGAGUGGAAGCGUCAUGUUCCAUAAGCCAACCAUUGGAAAGUAUCAUGCUGAUAACACCGCAUUGCAUCAUGCAAAGGGCAGCACAGCCACGGAUGCAUCGUUUGCUCCAGCCAAGAGACCUGGCAAAGAAGCUGGAGCUAAUAUCUUGACAAAGACAUCAGACACCAAACUCCAAGACAUGCAACAAUCAGAUUCUUCGACCUUGGGGGGUCUGAUGAAAGUCGGUGCUGUUCCGAUUCAGCGUGCCUCAGGCUUCUUGUACAAUUCUGGCAAACGUGUCAGCGGUCUUNUUGGAAGUUCUCCUAUGGAGUACUAUGACAAGUUCUCUGGCAUGAUCGCUGGUGGUAAGAAACACUAUGCUGAGGCAGACGAAUUGUUGCCUGGAGAAGAGGUGCAAGAUUCUGAGGAUGAAAUGACUGUUCGCGAGGCUGAAAAGAGCUUCCGAAACCAUUUUGCACUGCCAGACUCUGAGAAACUUGUGGCAACAUUCUUUGGUUUCUUCCACAGGGUCUUGCCUCUGUACGGCAAGUUGUACGUUGGAAGUACAAGGCUGUGUUUUCGUAGCUUCAUGCCUGGGAAUUGGACAAAGGAAAGAGGGUUCCGAUUUGGCUACUCAGGUAUGGUUGUUGUGAUCCGAGGCCACGAAGAGAUCUUCUUCGAAUUCGGCUCACAAGAUCUACGCGACGACUGCACGAUCACUCUUCUGCGCUCGCUCGACUCUUUGGAGCCGUUCCAGGAAUCUGUCUUGCUUACGGAAGAUGAGAAGAGAGACGCCGAGACAGCAGCAGCAGAAAAUCUUCUGUUGCAGGAAGCUCGCCAAGGUGAUCGUGGUGGCGUCGAGUUCCAGGUUCCUCGUGGCAUCGAUCAGCCAGAUAACGACUCGCCGGCCGUUUCUUUCGAUGACCCAGCCGCCUCGGUUCUCAAUUUCAAGCCUGAGGAAUCUCUGCGCAUUACUUGCCUGACUAUUGGCUCUCGUGGAGACGUGCAGCCAUAUAUAGCCCUCUGCAAAGGUCUGCUUGCUGAAGGACACAGACCGAAGAUUGCCUCUCAUGCAGAGUUUGGUGAUUGGGUCAGGAGUCACGGCAUUGAUUUUGCACCCGUUGAAGGUAACCCAGCAGAAUUGAUGGCACUUUGCGUUGAUCAUGGCAUGUUUACACCAUCCUUUCUCUAUGAGACAAACCAGAAGUUUUGGCCUUUCGUCAGAGGUCUACUCAGAACAGCUUGGGCUGCGUGCCAGGAUUCAGACCUCCUGAUUGAGAGCCCAUCUGCCAUGGCAGGAAUUCACAUCGCUGAAGCUCUUGGUAUUCCUUACUUCAGAGCUUUUACCAUGCCUUGGACCAGAACGCGCGCUUAUCCUCAUGCUUUUGGCAUGCAGAACAACAGGAUGGGUGGUGCAUACAACUACAUGACUUAUGUCGUCUUCGAAAACAUAUUCUGGAAAGCCACCUCGGGUACAAUCAACAAGUGGCGCAAAGAAGAGCUGGGGUUGAAAGCCACCAACAUGGAGAAGAUGCAGCAAGACAAGGUUCCAUUCUUCUACAACUUCUCGCCCAGCGUGGUUGUUCCGCCUCUUGACUUUGGAGAGUGGAUCCGAGUGACAGGAUACUGGUUCCUCGAUGAAGCAGACAAUUUUACCCCUCAGAAGGAGCUUCUCGACUUUAUCAAGAAGGCACGCGCGGACAAAGCCAAGCUUGUAUACAUCGGCUUCGGUUCAGUGGUUGUUCCCGAUCCAAAGCAACUUACUUUGGAUAUCAUCGCCGCUGUCAAGAAAGCAGAUGUUCGCUGCAUCCUUUCCAAGGGCUGGUCCGAUCGUAUGGACAAGAAGGAUGCCAAAGCACUCGAAGUGCCUUUGCCGGACUUCAUGUUCCAGAUUGCAUCUGCUCCGCAUGAUUGGUUGUUCAGACAGGUUGAUGCUGCUGUCCAUCAUGGCGGAGCAGGGACGACUGGUGCCAGUCUUCGCGCUGGCAUCCCAACCAUCAUUAAGCCUUUCUUCGGUGACCAAUUCUUCUUUGGCAGCAAAGUCCAAGAUCUUGGAGUUGGGCAGAAGGUCCUGAAAUUGACGGAGAACGCACUAGGCAAAGCGAUAUGGAUCGCGACGCACGACUCACGCAUGAUUGAAAAAGCCAGGGUCCUAGGAGAGCAGAUCCGAUCCGAAGAUGGUGUCGGCACAGUCAUCAAGGCCAUCUAUCGCGACAUGGAAUAUGCAAAGACACUGGUUCAGCAACGUGUGGCUAGAGCGGCGCAAGGCGACACGGAUGCGGAAGACGAGGGCGAAGUGGAGGUAGAAGACAGCUGGACGCUGGUGGAGAACGACUCUGAUCCAGAUGCGACGAGCCCAACAGCCAUGAUGCAGCCACAAUCGCCCUCUUUGGGUGGGAAGGGGAAGGGCAGAAUGGGACUGCGGCUCCCGCUCAGGUCC